UUCGCAUGGUUUACCUUCGGGCUUUUCCCGAAAUGGUGACGUUCUAGAGGGGGUGAUGUGGCUGGUUAAUGAGAUAUUGCUUCGCCAUUUCAGUCCUGUCUUGCGCAAUCUCGGGUCCGUCCGGUCGAUCACACAAUCCCGAGCCGGCUCCGGAGACGAUACUUUUGUAUAUCAUCUUGUGUUUCGCCCCCCAUAUAAGCAAAAAAUACAUUGAUAAAUUCCACAAUACAAGCUAUAAUACUUUAAUCGCAUAUUGUGAUAUCUUAGGCCAUGACCGACUCCUCAAAGCUUCAAAUCGCCAUCAUUGGCGCCGGCAUCGCCGGUCUUGGUGCAGCUAUCGCACUGAAACACCACCCCGCUAUUGAUGUGCAGGUAUACGAAAAAGCUUCAGAACUCAGAGAAAUAGGAGCUUCUAUUGCGCUUGGCCCUAAUGGAAUGAGAACUUUGGAUAGGCUGGGAGUCCAAAAUGCCUUAGAUGACGAAGUUGCUUUUCGUAAUAAAUCAAGAUAUCCUAUGAUCUAUCGCCACUGGAAGACCAAUGAGAUCGUAUCAACUGAUUCUCAUGCUGGAGAAGUCGAAUACCGACACUUGACUUCCCGCUUUUACCGAGCGCAUUUACAGGAGGCGCUCGCGAAACACAUUGAUCCGUCUAAAAUCCAUUUGUCCAAGUCAUUCCAAUCUGUCGCAUUCGAUGCUGCUACCAAGAAGCUCAUAAUAACAUUUACGGAUGGCACUACAGCUACUGCUGAUAUUAUUCUCGGUGCGGACGGAAUACACUCACCCGUCAGGACUUUCUUCGUUCCGACUUCAAGCACUGCUUGGACAGGAUGGGUGGCUUUCCGAUCCGUCUUUCCCAUUUCCCACGUCGCUCACAUCAAGGAUUUACCAGACGAGGCGAACCACUUCUGGGGGCCAGACCGGACUUUCUUCGUGUCGAAACUCGGAAGAGAUCUUUUCACUGUCGUAGGGUCUUAUCAAGCAGACCCCAACGCUCCCGAUGCCCCUUAUAAGGACUCGACGUGGAACUCUGACGGAAAUGUGGAUACUAUCAGGGAAUUCUACAAAGACUGGUCGCCUCUAGUUCGCCAGAUCGUCGAUGCAGUACCUCACACUAGAGUUUACCCGAAUUCAGCAGCCCAUCCCCUAGAAACCUGGGUCCUCGGAAAUGGGAAAGUCACUCUUGCCGGCGACGCCGCCCAUGCACACGGAGGUGCGUUCGCGGCGGGCGGCAGCCUUGCUCUCGACGAUGCAUGGGCAUUCGCAUCGUCCAUAUUACACGUUUUCCCCGUGGAUGCGAAGAAGAAGCCCACCGAGGCGGAGAUACAGAAAGCCCUACGCAUCUACGAGAGGACCCGAAAGCCGCAUACCGACCGCGUGAUGAGGGUCGUCCACGAGAACAACUUGAAGAAGAUAGCGCAGUACUCAGAAGGAAAGAAAUUAGAGUCAGACGAGCAAUUGAGAGCCAGGAUAAAGAACCGCGCGGACCCGAGUUGGAUUCACGAACACGAUGUCCAGGCCGCGUUCGCGCAGGCUGUCGCUGCGGAGGCAGCAGGUCGGGGUGCGUCAAAUGAACAAGCGAGGUUGUAAGAAGGGCAUUUCUAUCUUUUGCGGUUGAUACUCGAGAUAGAACUUAUUCUUUUAGGUAUACUACCUAGUCUAGAAUAACAAUAGCAGAUAAGUGCUUCUGUAGAGCUCAACGAUUCUUAACGACCCCUGAGCGGGGAAUUUUAUCGCGGGAUAACAGCGGCGACGAGACAUCUUACGGGUGGGUACCUACAUUACGAAAACCUUUUCUAAAUGUAGUAUCAAACAAUUCUCCGAUCAAACAUCUACCUACUAUUGAACAUUGAGAGCGAUUGAGUCAAAUUCCACGAUUAUUCAACCUUGGCAUUGCUACGCUACAGGACAAAAGCCGAUGACCCGCCAGUCGAUACAACUCCAAGUCACAAUUGCAUCCUAAUCUUGGAGUAAAAUCAGACUAAAAGCUACGUAUAUAGGUAGGUAGUAGUAAAGGUUAAUGAUAACGAACGUAUGAC